CUCAUUGCAGCUUUUAAGUGUGAGGAGAGCAACCUGCUGCCGUGACUUCCCCAACAUCAGGAAAUAUAACAGCAGCAGUGACUUUCAUAUUACUGACAGUCCAGCCCAGAAAAUGGCCACCUUCAGCCUCAGCAGGUUGCGCUUUCAGAGCUGCUUCAUAUUAUUGCUGUCGAUAACCUUCAUUGUGUCUGUCAUGAUCUUUGUGUUUGGCAUUCGUCCAAAGUCAUCCAAAGUGUGGUUCCGAAAUUUGGCCAAGUUAAUCACAUUCCAAACAGCCAAAAAUCAAACAAUAAUAAAUAUGACCUCUUUCACAAGACACAACAAAACAGUCUAUCAACAGACAUCUGAUGCCAAACACACAGCAGUAACUACAGUGAACAGACAUAACGUGACAAACAUGCUCAGUAUGAAGUCCAUGACAGCUGUUCCAGUAAAAGAAGCAUCAUCCAUCCGUUACCAUGAAGCGCAUCCACACAACUACCACUUCAUCAUAGACGAGCCCCAUAAGUGUGAACAAGAGAACCCAUUUCUUGUCCUCAUGGUUCCAGUGGCUCCACACGAACUGGAGGCACGCAACGCCAUCCGGAGCACAUGGGGUAAUGAGAGUAUGGUCCAAAACAAAACCAUCACGGUGAUCUUCUCGCUGGGUCUGCCUGGGAUCGAGCCUGAGAAACAACAGGAGGAACUAAGGCUGGAAAGCCACCAGUACCAUGAUCUCGUCCAGAGCAACUUCAUGGACACGUAUCUCAACUUGACGAUAAAGACCAUGGUAAUCAUGGACUGGCUGGCCACACACUGCCCACAGGCAUCCUACGCUAUGAAGAUCGACUCUGACAUGUUCUUGAAUCUGGAGAACUUGAUGAGCUUGUUACUGAGAUCUGAUACGCCUAAAGAAAACUACAUGACAGGAAAGGUUAUGUGGAACAUACCGGUCAUCCGGGACAAGAACUCCAAGUGGUACGUGCCAAUGGAACUAUAUGCUGAAGACUACUAUCCAACAUACCUGCUGGGGAUGGGUUAUGUCUUCUCCAAUGACCUUUCAGAGAAGAUUGUUGAGGUUUCAAAAGAAAUAAAGCCGUUUAACAUAGAGGAUGCAUACGUGGGUGCCUGUCUGGAACGAAUAGGAAUUUCACCUUCAACUCCUCCCAAUCCCUCCCAGUUUAAGGACUAUUUUAGUGGUAAUUAUAAACGAGAAGAGUUUGCCAGUGUGAUCACCACCAUCCUUAACUCCCCACAGCAGCUGAUCACAUUCUGGCAGGACCUAAAAAGGCCUAUAUGAAAGACUUGGAGGGAAAAGACUCAAAACGGAUGAUAUUUGGCUGACAUUUUCUUGCAAUGCUUUUGCAUUAA